UAAACAUGCAAUCGAAACGACCGCGUUGUGUUCGCAGCCUUGCGCUUGUGGUGGCUCUCGCGAUUGCUUGGUUGCCGCAUGCAGAUCACGCCGCCGGGGCUGGUGGAGGUGGUAUGUUUGGUGAUGUCAACAUCUCGGCGAUUCUCGACUCGUUAAGCGUAAGCUAUGAUAAGCGAGUGAGACCCAAUUAUGGAGGUCCGCCAGUGGAGGUGGGCGUCACCAUGUAUGUGCUCUCUAUCAGCUCCGUCUCCGAAGUGCUCAUGGAUUUUACACUGGACUUCUACUUUAGGCAAUUUUGGACUGAUCCAAGACUAGCCUAUAAAAAACGACCUGGCGUUGAAACUCUCUCUGUUGGAUCCGAAUUUAUUCGAAACAUAUGGGUGCCUGAUACUUUCUUCGUCAACGAGAAGCAAUCAUACUUCCAUAUCGCUACUACGAGCAACGAAUUUAUUCGGAUACAUCAUUCCGGAUCUAUUACCCGAAGCAUUAGGUUAACUAUCACCGCUUCUUGCCCAAUGGACUUGCAGUAUUUUCCAAUGGAUCGCCAACUGUGCAAUAUCGAAAUUGAAAGCUUUGGCUACACCAUGCGGGACAUCCGAUAUAAAUGGAAUGAGGGACCUAACUCAGUGGGUGUUUCGAGCGAGGUGUCCCUACCACAGUUCAAGGUGCUCGGCCAUCGACAACGUGCAAUGGAGAUCUCAUUGACAACAGGAAAUUACUCUCGUCUGGCGUGCGAAAUUCAAUUCGUGCGAUCAAUGGGCUACUAUCUUAUUCAGAUUUACAUUCCAUCUGGUCUGAUCGUAAUUAUAUCUUGGGUCUCAUUUUGGUUGAACCGAAACGCAACACCAGCUAGGGUUUCUCUCGGAGUCACCACUGUCCUCACUAUGACCACGCUUAUGUCAUCAACGAAUGCAGCUUUACCAAAAAUAUCUUAUGUCAAGUCGAUUGACGUAUACCUCGGCACCUGCUUCGUAAUGGUCUUCGCAAGUUUACUAGAAUAUGCGACUGUCGGCUACAUGGCGAAAAGGAUACAGAUGCGAAAACAACGAUUCAAUGCUGUUCAAAAAAUGGCCGCUGAGAAAAAAAAUGCUCAGGCGGUGACGGUUGCGGCGGUGGAAAGUGCCCCCGGGCCUUCUGCAGCCGAGCCGAUGCCUCCACCACGUACAAGCACCAUUAGCCGACCCGCACCUCCAAGCCGUUCAACGGAAGUGCGUUUUAAGGUUCAUGAUGCUAAAGUAUACACUAAAACCGGACCAUUGGAAUCAUCACGAGGGGGGCCUUCCUCCGAUGAUGAAAUCCCAGCACACCUGCUCCAAGCGUCAAAGGGUAUCAACAAGCUACUCGGCACGACACCGUCAGACAUCGAUAAGUACUCACGGAUCGUUUUUCCGGUUUGCUUCGUCUGCUUUAAUCUGAUGUACUGGAUCAUUUACCUGCAUGUGUCCGAUGUGGUUGCAGACGACCUGGUUUUGCUCGGCGGGGAUAAUUAG